AAGAUGGAAAAUCGCAGUUGCCAAACUUCUGUUUUGGAUUUCCACAACUCAAAGCAAACUUUAAAGGGCUCGUGAGACCAAAUUAACCUCUCAAAGUGCUCGUGGCCUCUGGGUGGUUGGUAGUGUCUCCAUAUAAGGCGAGAACUGCAGCCCCCCUGCUGCCUCUGCCACCAUCCAUGGCUCCCAUGACCUUUAUUCUGCAAAUUCUCACCUUAUUUUCCAUCUUCUUCUCUUCUGUCAACUCUGUCGAUUUCAAUUUUCCAGCGGUGUUCAACUUCGGCGAUUCAAAUUCCGACACUGGCGGCCUUGUCGCGGGGCUCGGCGAGCGCCUUGAGCCCCCCAAUGGAGAUAUUUACUUCAAAAAACCAUCUGGGAGGUUCUGUGAUGGGCGGCUCAUCAUAGACUUCCUCAUGGAUGAAAUGGACCUGCCAUUUCUAAAUUCAUAUUUGGAAGCAGUUGGUGCACCAACUUUCAGAAAAGGAUGCAAUUUUGCUGCUGCAGGGUCUACCAUACGUCCUGCAACUGCAGCUUCUGUAAGCCCAUUCUCAUUUGGCAUCCAGGUGGCUCAGUUUUACAGAUUCAAAACUCGGGUCCUUGACCUGCUGGCUACAAGCAAGAAAUUUGAUAAGUAUCUUCCCCGUGAAGAUUACUUCAAGAAAGGGCUUUACAUGUUUGAUAUAGGUCAGAAUGAUCUCGCCGGUGCAUUUUACUCCCAAACACUGGAUCAAAUACUUGCUUCAAUUCCAACAAUUUUGUUACAAUUCGAAACUGGAAUCAAGGAAUUAUAUGAUCUAGGUGCAAGAAACUUUUGGAUACAAAACACGGGACCUCUAGGAUGCUUGGCUCAGAAUGUUGCCAAAUUUGGGACUGAUCCGUCGAAGCUUGAUGAGCUAGGAUGUCUCAUUGGGCACAACCAAGCUGUAAAACUUUUCAAUCUGCAGCUUCAUGCGCUCUGCAAAAAAUUCCAGGGCCAAUCUCCAGAUGCCAGUGUCGCAUAUGUUGAUGUAUUUACAAUAAAGUCAAACUUGAUAGCAAAUUACUCUCGUUAUGGAUUUGAACAACCCAUAAUGGCAUGCUGUGGAUAUGGUGGUCCACCGUUGAAUUAUGAUAGUCGGAUUGCCUGUGGGCAAACAAAAGUUCUAAAUGGGAGCUCAGUCACAGCCAAUGGUUGCAGUGAUAGUACUGAAUAUGUGAAUUGGGAUGGAAUCCAUUACACAGAGGCUGCAAAUCAGCAUGUCUCAUCACAGAUACUCACUGGAAAAUAUUCGGAUCCUCCUUUCUUGGACAAGAUGCCUUUCCUUCUCAACCUCAAGUUCUAAGGAACCAAAUAUUCUUGUUUUUUUUUUUCGAUUCCUUUUGAUGAUUUAUUGAUGCCUGAUGAUAUUUCUAAGCCACUCAUGGAAAUUAUGUUCAGAAAGUGUGGUAUACUGUGCAGCUUGAGUCCGAAGAAAAAUCGUCAGUUAUUUUUAAUAUGUUCCCUUAACAGCUAUCAAAGGGCUUCAGUUGGUAAUUACUUAUACACUUGAAGAUGAACCAGUCAGAAGUUCAUGGAUAUGCUGGAAUUAUUAGGGCCAAUGCAAUAUGGACUGCCCAGUUUCCAUCUCAGCUUGAAAGUCAUGCCCUUAAUUUGGACACAAACCAAAAUUCUGCAAUAUUUCAUCUGUUGUGUAAUUGCCCUCUUCUGCCUUCAUUAGUAAUAAAAAAAUUAUGAAACUAUAUAGGUGAAAGUUUAAAAUCCUUUUACCCCAUGUUCAGGAGCUUGGGAUUUGGACCUUAGAUUUGGAUUUGUGUGGAUUUGAAUAAAAUACAAUACAAAAUUAUACCGAGUUUCAUUUAAAUCCACAAA